CUUUUGCAAUGACUGUGCUUAUAAGCAUCAGUACUGUGUUUAAUGCUGCUCUAGUAAGUAGAAUUCAUUCUAGAGUGUUUAGUUGCUCAGCAGUAAAAUGAAUUAGGAUUAUAUUCACAAUGCCAAGAGGAGACUUUUUCAUUGUGAUGCUUCUUCUUUGGACAUUAAUUGGCAGGGGGGCUGAUGGUGAGAGAGUGACUGGAGUGUUACAUGGGAGAGUGGAGCUUCAUGGACGUUAUGGACAAAGUCCAGAUGUGGACAAAGUGGAAUGGGCUAAAUAUCCACCUGAUAAUUCAACAAGGAAAUUGCUAUUUCUGGUUUUUAAGCCAAACAUUACUACAUGCAUGGAUCCCUGCAGGCAUAUAGACUUUAAUUUACAGAAUAUGAGUCUUAUUCUGGUUAAUUUGACACUAGAAGAUGAAGGCACUUAUGAGGAGAAAACUACACUGAAAAAUAACACAGUUAUAUAUUUUAAUUUCACGUUGUCUUUGCUGGAUGGAUCCAACACCACUAUCUCUUCUACUCCUGGCUCUCUGACCACAUCAAAGGUGCAAGUCACGGUCACAGAAGUUUAUCUAAACAGUACUAGUUCACCAUUUUUUGAUCAUUUGAAACACCCUGUGUUCCUAGCUGGAUCGUCCCUCGCUGGCCUGCUGGUUUUGUGCUUCAUUUUCAUUUACAUCUGCAAACGUUCCAGGCGUAGAAAUAUGAAACCGCCUUCAACGGAAGAAGCGAUUUACAACGAAGUCACAUUUGUUCAGGAAGAAGCUAUACCCCUGUCUGUGAACCCGUUGGUAGUUGUCUAUCAAGACUUUAUAAAACCAAAAGAUUCCCAUCAGUUCGAACAGUCAGAAGACUUUGGCUACUCCACCAUUCCAGAUGUUCUGGAGAGAAUACAGCUUUCACAACCUACAUAAGCAGCAAGUGACUCCCAGUCCAUUCCAGUCUUGUGAAUCAGCACAGAGAGGACACUUUUCCUGGUUGUAUGCUUUGGCAACUGCUAGUGGAUGGGCCAGUGGAUAUAGACAACCCAGUUAUCCAGCAUAUGAUGUCCAUUUGCCCAGCUGUCGUGACGUGGACAAGUCAGUUCUCCCAUGCCUCUGAAGAGUCCCUGUAUUGCAGUGUUACUUUGAAGAUAUUCGUCUGGAUAAAAUAGGAGAAAUAGCAUUUUCCCUUCAAUGGUCAAGUCAAGUUUAUUUCUAUAGCGCUUUUCACAACGGACAUUGCCUCAAAGCAGCUUUACAGAAUUAAGAGUUAAGGUGAGCGAUGUGUAUUUAUUCCUGGUGAGCAGCCUAUGGUGACUGUGGCGAGAAAAAACUCCAUUAGAUGUUAUGAGGAAGAAACCUUGAGAAGAACCAGACUCAAAAGGGGAAUGAGGAAUUGGAUCACAUCUCCGGAGAGUGAGAACUUACAUGUCAAGUCAGGUUUAUUUGUAUAGCGCUUUUCACAACAGACAUUGUCUCAAAGCAGCUUUACACAAAUCUUACAUAAGUAAGAUUAUGAGUAAUGUCCUUUCUACAGUCUUAUACAGUCAUUUGAAGUUAUGGAACCAGGAACUACUGAGCAACUCAAUGGUGUCAACAACAGUGCAUUCUGGUAGCCAUGGAUUUCUUCACAAAUUGAUCUGAAGCAUUACUCUGGCCUGCAAAAGACUGCUUACAAAAAAAGCUCUGUACGUUUAGGCUAUGAUACACAGGGGUGCAACUUGUGUGCGUAUCAGUCCGUAUGGAAGAAGUGUGCUGUCGCUUGAGGAUUAGAAAACACGCACCAUCUCUGUUCACCCUCAGUAAGACGACUUACAAAUUUCAACAGCUUGGGGACCUCUUUUGCUUUUUGUCACUUAUGUUGUCUCUCUGGUGUCUGACUUCCCCUCUAUGUGUCUCUGAUGGUAUUUCUGUGUAUGCUUGCAUUUGAACCUAAUGAUUUAGGUUCAAACAGCUUGCUAGCAGAUUUUACUAACUUAAUGUUAUAAUAAUUUUAGAAUUCCAAAUACAAUUUUUUAAAAUAGGUUAGAUAGAAAUAUUUUAUUUAUUAUUUAUUUAUUUAUUUUUAUAUAUAAGAUAAAAUUGCUGAAAAGUGUCAGGGGAAAAAAAAAUCUGAAAUAUCUCAAUAAGUUUGCAGUCAGUAUCCUGGAUCACUUUUUGCAUAUUUGCAUGUAUUAUGUUUAGUCUGUUAUUUUAAAUAAAGCACACAGAGACACUUUUUUCAUUUCAAGAACUUUUUACAAUCGGUUGGAUGACACAAUAUGAUAAUCUUUAAAUCAGAUUCAACUGCACAUGCAGAAAAUUUGGAAAAUUAUAACAUCGGUUUUCGUUAAUAUGACGUACUGAUAAAAUACUGAAAAGGUCAGCCUUGCUCAUUUGCAAAGUUUAUUACCUAAGAUUAAAUGUCAAAUGAAUACAAUGUACUCAUCAGGCAGAAAUCAAGGAAAAUCAGGGGGGAAAUUUGAGUCCAUUGUUGCAGUGGUGCUGGAAAAAACGCUUAAAAAUCACAAACCACAUGAACCUCUUGUGGUCCUUCUGUAGAAACUAUCAUUAACCUAAGGCUUAUGCACAUAUCAUGCAAUAAGACUCAUGAGGAAGUUUGUCUGUCUCUACUAAUUUGUGUAACACAGCCAGAAGGUGUUUUCAGUUCUGAAUCAAUGUGUUGUAAAUCUCUUUUUGUCUUUAGUUUUUUUUCUCUCUCUUUCAUUUUAUGGCAGGUUUUGUCACCCUUUUAGUCACCUUUUGUCACUUUAUGCUCGUUUUCCGAUCACCGUAGCAGUGUAUAAAGGUAGUAAAAUGAGCAGCAUAUUGUAUACGGUUUCCAAAGAAACAGGAUGUUUUAUUCAGGUCUUUAUCAGUUACACAGUCAAAGUGUGUCUCAGGCUGUAAAUGGUGAAAUAUUGAAAAUAAUUUAUGUGAUAGCUGUCAAAGCAUGACGUUCUCUCCAAGGAUCCAUACUUCUGAUCGUGAUCUCCUCACUUUAUUGCUCGCACAGCAAUAAGUGGUGUUAUACAUAUUAUUUCCUUUGCUUUUGAAGCUUCUUACCACAGGAAAUGUUUUGUUUGGGUACAGAGAUGCUUUACAAAAGAUCAGCUAGUCUAGUUUUGUUUUCUUGAUGAUCUCCUUUCUCCUCACACAAAAUGGCAACAUAACACGAUCUAAAAUGGUUUUGGUUGGUACCGGCUGUGGUACUUUCCACUUUUUACCCCUUUAGCUACAGUCUGGUCUGAUGAACUGCCUUCAAGACAUCACAUUUUUUAAUGCAAUCGUCAGCUCACUUGUAUUGUUUCAAAAUGCCCGGUUGCUGAAAUGCUUUGUGGGUCCGUAUCUGGGCCAAUGGGAGCCAGGUGACAACUGUAACUUCACACUGUGGGCACAGACAGUAACAUUGUGAGUCAGAUAAAACCAGUGAAGGGUGAAAGAGGGAGUGGGUCCAGAGAGAAAGCACAUGAUGCGAAGACACGUAGUUGGCUUGCGUGGGAAAAGUCCCACCAAAUCUUUAAUUUACAUUAAUAGACAUGAGUGGAGUGCUUUUUUUUUUUUAUAUGCCUAAAGCAAAGGUUUAUUGUGAUUUUUUUUUUUUUUUCCCCAAAGCAAUUGGGGGUACAUACUGCAACAGGAUGCAAAAAGACAUGUUCCUUCGUUUCAUUGUUCUCCUUUGAAAAUAUAAAUACCAAAAAUAAACAAACAAAAAAAAAAAACGGUUUCUAAACCAACAUAUGAUAGUGAUAACA